CAGUUUCCAAAACCUCCUCCCCUCUUUCUUUCUCCCUCUCUCUCUCUGACACUACACUCUGUGCUUUCAUUGCCGACAUCCUCGUCUUAAAAACACAAAAGCUAAUACAUUCUAGCAAUUAAAGACACGUCCUCCGAGCAAAACUCAAAAUCACCAGAGAUGAGUGCGUUACUCACAACACUAGCUCUCCUCUUCACCCUCAUCUACACAGUCACUUCCAGCUGCACUCCAUCAGACCUAGCAGCAUUACUAGCCUUCAAGUCUUCCCUCAAUGAACCAUACUUAGGCAUCUUCAACACAUGGUCAGGCACUAACUGCUGCUCCAACUGGUACGGCAUCAGCUGUGACCCCACCACAGGCAGAGUCGCAGACAUCAACCUGCGAGGUGAAUCCGAAGACCCCAUCUUCGAGAAGGCUGGCAGGUCAGGCUACAUGACUGGUUCCAUCAACCCUUCAUUAUGUAAACUUGACAGGCUCUCUACGCUCAUUCUGGCAGACUGGAAAGGGGUUUCGGGUGAAAUUCCUGGAUGUGUUGCUUCUUUAAGUAAUCUCCGAAUCUUGGAUCUUAUAGGUAACCAAAUAUCUGGCAAGAUUCCUGCAAAUAUUGGGAAUCUACAGAGACUUACUGUUUUAAACCUUGCUGAUAAUGGACUCACUGGAGAGAUCCCUGCUUCUCUCACAGCUUUGGCAAAUAUGAAGCAUUUGGAUCUUAGCAGCAAUAAGUUGACUGGUCAGUUGCCAGCUGAUUUUGGUAACUUGAAAAUGCUUAGCCGUGCAUUGUUGAGUAAAAACCAGCUGAGUGGAGCAAUACCAAACUCUAUAUCGGGCAUGUAUCGGCUAGCAGACUUGGAUUUGUCUGUUAAUAAAAUCUCGGGUUCGGUACCGGGCUGGUUAGGCAGCAUGCGGGUUCUUUCUACGCUUAAUCUGGAUAGUAACAUGAUUUCCGGUCAAUUGCCAGCAUCUUUGUUGAGCAGUACCGGUUUGGGGAUAUUGAACUUGAGCAGGAAUGCUAUUGAAGGUAACAUACCGGAUGCUUUCGGACCGAAAUCUUACUUCAUGGCUCUUGACUUGUCUUACAACAAUCUGAAGGGUCCGAUACCCGGUUCACUUUCGUCGGCAGCAUAUGUGGGGCAUUUGGAUUUAAGCCACAAUCAUCUUUGCGGAACAAUUCCUGUUGGGACACCAUUUGAUCACCUUGAAGCAUCCUCGUUUAGUUUUAAUGAUUGUCUUUGCGGGAAUCCAUUAAAGACUUGUUAAUGUAUUAAGAGGCCGAUAAAGGGUAAAACCGGGCGUCUCGUUUUUCGCCCGAAAUACCGGGUUGUUCUAUAGGUGUGCUCAAGUGUCAUUAUUGUAAAAGUGGACCAUCAUAUUAAGUGUGAGUUAUUUCUAUAUUUUAUUAAUGUAAUUGCAAUGUGAUGUUUGAUCCUAA